CUAACACGGCGGCCACCGCCGCUUCACGAGCCGGGGGCGCCGGGGACCAGGCAGCCUCGCUGCCCCCGCCCCCUCCGAGGAUGCCGCGCAGGAAGAGGAACGCUGGCAGCAGCUCGGAUGGAACAGAGGACUCCGAUUUCUCCACAGAUCCAGAGCAUACAGACAGCUCUGAAAGCGAUGCCACAUCACGGCGAUCCGCCCGUGUGACCCGCUCCUCAGCCAGGCUCAGCCAGAGCUCCCAAGAUUCCAGCCCGGUUCGCAAUCCGCCCUCGUUUGGAGCAGAAGAACCAGUCUAUUCCACGAGGAGGGUGACCCGCAGCCAGCAGCAGCCUGCCCCUGUGACCCCAAAGAAAUACCCGCUCCGGCAGACCCGCUCUUCUGGAUCAGAAACAGAGCAAGUGGUUGACUUUUCUGACAGAGACACUAAAAAUGCGGCGGAUCACGAUGAGUCUCCACCUCGUACCCCCACUGGGAAUGCCCCUUCCUCAGAGUCUGAUAUUGACAUCUCCAGUCCAAACGUAUCCCACGAUGAGAGCAUUGCCAAGGACAUGUCCAUGAAGGAUUCAGGAAGUGACCUGUCUCACCGCCCGAAGCGCCGCCGCUUCCAUGAGAGCUACAAUUUCAACAUGAAAUGUCCCACUCCUGGUUGUAACUCUUUAGGACACCUAACUGGAAAACACGAGCGGCACUUCUCCAUAUCAGGAUGCCCACUGUAUCACAAUCUGUCAGCAGAUGAGUGCAAGGUGCGAGCGCAGAGCCGGGAUAAGCAGAUUGAGGAGAGGAUGCUGGCCCAUCGGCAGGACGACAACAACAGGCACGCCACCAGGCACCAGGCACCAACAGAGAGACAGCUUCGAUACAAAGAGAAAGUAGCUGAACUCAGGAAGAAGAGGAAUUCAGGACUAAGCAAGGAGCAAAAAGAAAAAUACAUGGAACACAGGCAAACCUAUGGCAAUACUAGGGAACCUCUUCUUGAGAACCUGACCAGUGAGUAUGACCUUGAGCUUUUCCGAAGAGCACAAGCACGGGCAUCUGAGGACCUGGAAAAGCUGCGGCUCCAGGGCCAGAUCACAGAAGGCAGCAAUAUGAUCAAAACCAUCGCUUUUGGCCGCUAUGAACUGGACACCUGGUACCAUUCUCCCUACCCAGAGGAGUACGCUCGUCUGGGGCGUCUCUACAUGUGUGAGUUCUGCCUCAAGUACAUGAAGAGCCAGACAAUACUGCGCAGACACAUGGCAAAAUGUGUUUGGAAACAUCCACCAGGUGAUGAAAUCUACCGCAAAGGCUCCAUUUCAGUUUUUGAAGUGGAUGGGAAAAAGAACAAGAUCUACUGUCAAAACCUAUGUCUGCUGGCAAAACUUUUCUUGGACCAUAAAACAUUGUAUUAUGAUGUUGAACCCUUCCUCUUCUAUGUCAUGACAGAAGCUGACAACACUGGCUGCCACCUGAUAGGAUAUUUCUCUAAGGAGAAGAAUUCUUUUCUCAAUUACAAUGUCUCUUGUAUCCUGACAAUGCCCCAGUACAUGAGGCAAGGCUAUGGCAAGAUGCUCAUUGACUUCAGCUAUUUGCUUUCUAAAGUAGAAGAAAAAGUCGGCUCUCCAGAGCGACCUCUGUCUGAUUUGGGUCUCAUCAGCUACAGGAGCUACUGGAAGGAAGUUCUCCUUCGUUACCUGCAUAAUUUCCAAGGAAAAGAGAUCUCUAUAAAAGAAAUCAGCCAGGAGACUGCAGUAAACCCUGUCGACAUUGUUAGUACAUUGCAGGCACUGCAGAUGCUGAAGUACUGGAAGGGAAAACACCUGGUCCUGAAAAGACAGGAUCUGAUCGACGAAUGGAUAGCCAAAGAGGCAAAAAGAUCCAACAGCAAUAAGAUAAUGGAUCCCAGCUGUUUGAAAUGGACCCCUCCUAAGGGAACUUAGCUGUCUGUCACUCCUGAAGCCAGUGAACCCCAGCAGUAGGAAGUACCCUCGGGAUCUCUGUUGUACCUGUUGCUGUUGUGAUUGGCUGGUACAGUACCCUCCCAAAAGAUCAGCUCCCCUUGGUACUGUUCUGGCCCAGAUCUUUUGUGCACACCAGAAGCUAGUUCUGAGGAACUUGAUGUUUCGGCCUCAAUGAGGUUGCAAGGAUUGGAUCUGUGUAGGACCCACACGAAGCUCCUAGCAGCGCUGGCCCAAGGAGUUCUGAUAUCUGGUACUGUACCUGUCCAGUCACUGGUCUCACCCUCAUGUUCUCAUUCCGAUGAGGUUGUGUUGUGUCCCGUUACCUGGUUGUUUCUUCCUUCAGGUUCCUUGCUUUGUACGUAACGGAGGUGACUUCUGUGGCUUUGGAACAAGGUCUAAUAACACUUGUUUGCAGAAAGGCUGUUUUCCUAGCGAGCUGCCAUUUACACUGACUUCAGCAUUUGUAACUAGUCCUGUCUGACAGACUGUUCCAUUCCACGUAUGAAAUAAUUGUACUAAAGCAACACGCCACCUCUUUGGGCAGUGUUUUCUCCUACAAUCCAGUAGGUCUUCACAUAGUUAAGGUUGUGCAGUCAGAAGCUGAUGUAUCUUAGGAGCGAGCGGUGGGAUUGUUAGCGUUAUCCCAGGGAGUGCAGGCUGACUGCCUGAGGGUGUCACAGUCUGAUGAGCUUCAUGGAGCUGCUCUUGUGUGCUCCUGGAGCUACAGCACUACCACUUCUGUUGGAGGCACUUCUGUCACUGCUAUUGCUGCUUGCCUCGUUUUCCUCUUGGAGUUGGUGGGUUCCUUCCCACAGCAGCAGCCCGUGAGUGUAUUUCGCUGGAGGUGUUUUGGAUCGUAGGCCUCUUUCUACUGAGGAAGAUUUUUUUCCUCAAGAUUGAAGAAAUGAAAAUCUUCGCUACAGAUAAAUAUUUGCCAGCCUUAUCCAAACAGCCACAGAAACCCUGACAUCCGAAUAUCACCAGUUGUUGGAUUGCCUACAGUUCAUGUUCUGUGCAUCAGUGGCAGCUUCACGUAGCUGUGUGGAUGGUUUGUUUCUCUGACAGUGCAUCCUGGUUUGUCUUUGUAAAACAAGAAAGCUUUUACUUCUUCUGUCCCAUCAGCAGAACCAGAUGAAGCUAUCAUGCAAUGGCUUUCAAGUGUAACCACUGUCCUUGUGCCACGAGUUUGCUAUAUGGCUCCAGUGUGAUUAAAAGAAGGGGACACACUUGGAGCAGGCGAUGGCAGCGUCGUACAGUGCUGAUUUCAUCCUUCCAAUGCUUUUCUGUUGAAUGGUGACUGAAGUGAAGCACUUGCAGCAUACCAUACCAGUAGGUAGGAGCUGUUUCCUGUUAACCACUGACCCAUCCUUGUGUGGAAAAGUUCUCUGUUGCCCUUCUGGUGGUUGUCUGCCUUUCUCUGCCUCUUUAAAAAAGAAAAAAAGAAAAAAAAAAAACAAGAAAAAAACCCCAGAUCAUCAGUCAAUGAUGUGUACUUUGUGGGCAUUACUGAAUUUUGCUGUCUCGUGCCCUUUGCUCCUGUAUUGUAACUAAAUACAGCUACUCAUGAAAAUAUCCAACCAAGUAGAUCUGUGGAGUAGGGAAGAAGGCCGUUCUUGUACAGAAGCUGAUCCCUGUUCCCAUGAUGUGGUAGAAUGUGCUGUUCUUGUAUCUACUUCUCAAUAAAGCAUGUUCUCUGCUCA